CCAUGGCUGACUCCUUUCAAACUCCAGCCUGGAGGGAGAUGACAAAUGGAGGGGGGCACCCCCACUUUAAAAACGGAGGUCCGAAUGGGGGUUCCCACAGCACCACACGCUACAUGGUGAAGAAGCAGCGCCACAGACGCAGGUCCUCCUCACCCAUGGGCAGGGUCAUCCUCAUCAAUGCACCUGUUGAUGGAGGGGAUGACAGUGAAGACAUUCACACAGUGACAGUAGAUAAGAGUCCAGAUGGGCGUCUGGGUUUCAGUGUCCGCGGGGGCUCUGAACAUGGACUCGGCAUAUUUGUCAGUAAGGUGCAGGACAACAGCCCUGCAGCGGAGGCUGGGCUGACUGUGGGUGACAAGCUGGUGGAGGUGAACGGGGUCAGCCUGGAGAGCAUCACCAUGAGCAGUGCUGUGAAGGUCCUGACAGGAAACAACAGGCUGAGGAUGGUGGUGAGACGGGUGGGCAAGAUCCCCGGCAUCCGCUACUCUAAGGAGAAGACCACAUGGGUGGAUCUGAUUCACCGGCGGAUGGUAGUGGAGGAGAGCGGUCGUACCCCUUCAGAGGCCAGUUCGGACAGCGCUCUUCGCAGGAUCGUACAUCUCUUCACCACGUCAGAUGAUUAUUGCUUGGGCUUCAACAUCAGAGGAGGAAGAGAGUUUGGAUUGGGGAUCUAUGUGUCUAAGUUGGACCCAGGUGGACUUGCAGAGCAGCAUGGCAUCAAAAUGGGGGAUCAGAUCCUUGCAGCUAAUGGGGUGAGCUUUGAUGACAUCACUCACAGUAAUGCGGUGGAGGUCCUGAAGAGCCACACCCACGUCAUGUUGACCAUCAGGGAAGCUGGCAGAUACCCCGCAUACAAAGAGAUGGUGGCAGAAUACGGCUGGCUGGAAAAGUUAGCCAAUGGAGGCCCUCCACCAUCAUCACAGGGUUCAGACUCCAACUCUUCUGCCUCGUCAUUGUCCUCCACCACCCCUCUCAGUUCCCUCAGUGGUCUCUCCCAGGUCCUCUUCCCUCCUGUCUUUGGCUCAGAGAUGGUAGACAUUGGCAUCUGCACUGAGGACCACUCCCGACGUCCGAGCAGUACUGAUCGAACUGCUGACUCCGCCAUACAGACUGAACCCCAACCUCCAAACUACCAGGACCACCUGUUACCUAACGGGUCACACCCCGAAAGGCUCUCCACGACAGAAACAAGCCGGACUGUUGGUGCCACAUUAGUGUUGAAGGACACGGUCAUACGUGGGAAAGGAGAAGGGCCAAGGGAGAUGGGAGGAGCUGGAGAAGGUGGACAGGGACGGGUGAAAACGCUGUCAUCAGGGAAGCAGGAAGUUGAGAAACACUCACCAAAGACAGCAGCUCUGAUGGCCCUGAGCAGACCGCGGAAGCCAAUCAGUCGUUCCCAGAGUCACAUCACAGAGUCAGAGGAGAGACAGAAGAAGAAAAGGCAACACAGGGAGAAAAGCUCAGAAGAGGGUAAAACUAGUCUGAAACGCUCCAAAACCUUUGUCAACCUCUUAUUUAAGAAAGACCGCAAAGAGAGGAGUCGCUCCAAGUCGCCGUCUCGCCGUGCAAACAAAGAUAAGGAACGGGGACGCCCAUUCCACCUCUUGACCUCCCCGAGGGAAUCCCGAGCUGGCAGCCCACUGCCCCGACUCGAGGUCCUGCAGCACGUGGAGGACAUGGCAAAGAAACUGCUCAGUCAGGAUGAGGUGGCUGCUGUGAUGAGACACUGUCGGCGAUUUCUGUCCGACUCUGUAAUCGAGGACUUGGUGCGUCCUCUUCUGGCAAUCUUGGACAGGCCAGAGAAACUGCUGCUUCUCAGGGAAAUAAGAAUGCUGAUACCAAUGACUGAGUUGGGUCGCUUUGACAGCAUGGUCAUGCCUUUUGAGCUGGAAGCGUACGAUAUUCUCAAGAGUCGCUCAUCGCGUUCCCCAGCUCUGCGUUCUCCUCGUAGUGGAACUCCUCGUCGUCACCUCAUCACCCCAAUCCCAGACUACAAGGGUGGAUUUUAUCUGCAGCCGGUCCACGACAGACUGCAUGAGCGCCGGUUGAUCGAGGAGUUGGAGAGACUGCGUGUGACAGGUCAACGGUCUGGCCAUCUCUCGCCAUCCCGUGCCUUCACCCCUCUGCUGGAUGUACCUGUGGACAACUAUGUAUCCUCUGUGCGCUCCCGUUCCCCAAGCCCCUUGCCCACUCACAGCUUCCUCCUCAAAGAAUCCCCACACAGCACUAAACGUGGCCACCAACCCCAUCGAUCCCCAAUCAGAAGAGAGAAUGGGGCGUCGUGGUACGAUGAGGUCUCCUUGUUGUCCGUGUCUGACCGAGGGGACGGGGCUUAUGAACGAGGGCGGUCACCUGUGAGGAAUGGCCAUGGGAGAGUGAGGAGAGAGGGCAGUCCUGACAGUAUAUAUGGCAGACAGAGCAGGCAAGAGGGCUACACGGAGGUCAGCGUACACGUUCCCUCACAGCGGAGAGGCAGAACCCCUCUGGCUGAGGUAUUUGAUCCCCAGAGGGAGAAGAGCCCGUCCAAUGCCAGUGGGAGUACUCAGCAAGUGAAUGGACACUCACAAGAUGUUCAAAAAGUGAAAGGAAGACAAACUCUACCACCCAAGGAGUGUGAAAUCGCCACUUUGACCAUUUCCAAGGCCAAGCACUCACUGGGUAUUAGUAUCUCUGGAGGUGUAGAGUCUAGAAUCCAGCCCAUGAUAAAGGUUGAGAAAAUCUUUCCAGGUGGAGCUGCAUCUACAAAUCAGGCUUUGAAGGCAGGGUAUGAGCUGUUGUCCGUAGAUGGAGAGAGUCUGGAGGGAGUGACUCAUCAGCACGCCGUGGAUGUAAUUCGGCGUGCAUUCAGCAACAAGGCCAAAGAGCCGAUGGUUUUUGUGGUCAAGGUCCCUAAGGUCUCUACCGACCCCAGCAGCCCCAACAGACUUGCUGACUAAACUCUGUGUGCCUCACAGCCAGGUUGCUGCUCGGGCAUGAAGGACAACAAAACCUGCUGCUCCUCUGGGACUUAAUAAAUACAGGAUUCACCCCAGAAGAAGAAAUAUGGGAUAGGUAGCGCUCCGGUCACAGCGGAGACAAUCAAAGGCAAAGUUAUGACAAAAUAUACCAUAAAGUAUGUCUUGCAUAAAGGUUGCAGCUGGUUUUGAAGACUAAUACAGCUGCAUAUUUGUCAAGAUAAAGGUCACUUUUGCUAUAAUGUAAUGCGAGAUGAAAACCAAAUGUUGCAAUUGUAUGAAUUUUAUAUGAUUCUUAGUUUUUAGAAAAACUUUUACUAAAUGCAUAUGUUGCACGUUUUCUAAAAGACGCUUUUGUGAUAGGAUCGUGUAAUUCAUGAUCUUUGGUUAGAAUAGUGCCACUAUUCAACACGUGGCAACUUUGCCGUGACCUCUGAGCACUGUCUGAUAGUGGAGCCAGUGGUCUGCACUUUUUACUUGAAGCAUCUCAGCCCAGCAGCCCUGCAGGCAUGCCAGAGGGCGAUUACCUCAGCCAGCAUUAUGAGAUUUAUAGAUUUAUACUCAGAUUAAAUCCCUGUAUUAUGUCAAAACUGAUAGUUUGGGUUUAGAGGAUGUCUGGGGAGAUUAUUGCAAAUUGCUGCUCAGUAUUUUUUUUUGUGUUGUAUUUCUCUGGCAGAGGUGCCUGUAUUCUGGAGCCAUCCGCCACUUUAGAGGCUUAAUUACACCAUGCUGUGGAUGGAGCUUAUGGAGACACGUGGAAGAGU